AUGACUUGUGUGUCCCUACUAACGGUUAGGCCCGCUUCUCCUGGAAUAGAGUCCGUGGUUGCGACGGGAAGCUUUGAUGACUGGGCACAAAAGGACGGCGUUUUGACGCCUUCUUCCUCGGGCAACUUUGAAGCCGUGGUCAAGCUUCCCGCGCGCGAGAGAAUUGUCUUCAAGUACGUUUUGAACGGCUCGGACUGGGUCACCCACCCGGAGCUCAAAACCGUUCUGGAUGAGCAUGGCAACUUCAACAACUUUGUCGACGCUGACGAGUUGACUGCUGUGGAGGAGUUUGUACGUGAACCCACCUCAGAGGCUUCAGAGGCUGACGAGGUGUCGGCGUCUUCCGGCUCUGCUGGUGCCAAUGUGGCUGACGCCCAAGAGGCGGAAUCCAAUGAAAAAGACAAGGACGACAAGGACGACAAGCCCGAGGACAAGCUCACGCACGUGCUGACGGCCGAGUCGCUGUACGCGUCUGUGUCGAUCCCACCGUCGUCGGACUCAGCGUACGAACACGUGUCGCAGGACAGCGACGAUGAUCCGCACGAGCCCGACGGUAAGCCGAGGCGUCGUAACGCCCCCGAAGACAUCACCCCAACUGCCUCCCGUGCCGGAACAAGACCCCAGCAACCCCAAGACGAGGAGGUUACCACUCUUGGCGCUCACUCUUGCGAUAGCUCUAUUUCUGGCCGGGCUCUCCAGCCAGACAGUGAGACUGUGGAUGCGCUGACUCCCAAGCGCAAGCCUAUGGAGCGCCGCCGCGACGGGUUCAUGGGCCGGUUGAAGAGCAUAUUUCAAUAG